AGGGAGACACCAUGGCAAACAACAAGCAAGUGAGAACGAAGGCGAGGGUCGGGCAAUCAAACUUGCGGUCGUUGCUCAGCGCUGGAAUGGUCAUGCUUGUUCUCAAGAUAGUUCUGUAUGCUUCUGCCCCACCGCCUGUUGAGGCGUACAACAUCUGUACUUGUCAGUGCUGCUAUAGCGGAAUAUGUAUUGAUAGACCGAACAGCGAGGAAUGGAAUGGAACCUUUCGCGUGCCUGGUUGCUCGUUUUGUACCAAGUCACUUUGCUUUGAACACAUCAAGAAGCCUAUCGGCUCUUGCGAUGAGGUCUCGGCGACGUGCGUGGACUACGACACCUACUGGCGGCUCACUGUGAUCCUGCUGAUUCUCUUCCUCCUCGCCUCUCUCCUCGUCAUCGGGUGCCUCCGAGAUGUCCCAGUGGUCAAGAAAGUCUUCAAGCUCGGCGAACCUGGAGGAAAGUGAGCGAAGCUGCAGGAAGGAAGGCAGAAUCUGACUGACGGUGGUGGUGGGGAUCGAGGGUUUUCUCUUCAGCGCCGUCUUGUUAUUCUUUUGCUGUGUGUUAUUCUAGAUAGACUGAGAGGGACGUGCGAACUAUUCGUGCCCGUUGGCUCGACUCAUUCCAUGGGUGAAACUUGAAAUCGAAUGAGUAAUAAAUGAGACUGAAGGC